AUGCAUGUAGAUAUGCCUACAAAGUUCGGUUGCUCAUUGUACCAAGGAAAUCAACCCAGUUUUGAUUCAUCCGCAGUUUCCAUUCUCCGGAAUGCUGGAGCUCUCAUUUUUGGUAAAACCACCACAUCAGAACUCACCUGGCUCAACAGCGGUCCCCAAACUACCAAUCCCCACGAUGUAAACCGCACUCCAGGCGGAACAUCUACAGGCUCAGCAGCAGCAGUCGCAGAUUUCCAAGUUCCUCUCAGUAUUGGGACCCAAACGAGCGGGAGUCUUAUCCGCCCAGCAUCGUACACCGGUAUUUUUGCCAUGAAACCAACAUGCAAUGCGAUUUCUCUCGAAGGCCAAAAAAUCUGUUCAAUCUCUCUCGAUACACUCGGGUUCUUCGCUCGCUCUAUCGAGGAUCUCCAACUACUUGCUGAUGUCUUUUCCCUCAAAAACACACAUCCUCACAAGAUCAUACCCAUAAGAGAACCCCGAAUAGCAUUCAUGCAAACUCCAAUGUGGGAUCAAGCCGGGCCCGGCACCAUCAACGCUAUGAAUACCACCUUCACCAUUCUCCACAACCGCGGUAUCAAAGUUGACCAAGUACCUUUUCCCCCAGAAUACACCAAUCCCAAAAUCCUCACCCAAAACUUUAACACCAUCUACGAAACCGAAGCGCAAUCAUCCUUCCGCCAAGAAUACAACAUGGAUAAAUCAAAACUCCACCCCGAAAUCCGCGCUCUCGUCGAAACACCAUCCUGCACUUCACAAUAAUACUCCCAAGCUCUCGACUACUUCACCCGCAUCCGAAAAAUCUUCACUUCUCCCAUUCUCACCCAAUACGACGCAAUUCUCACCCCAGCGUCCCAGACGAAGCAACUCUCGGUCUGUACGAUAUGGGGAGUUCGGUAUUCAAUUUUUUCUGGUCGUCAAUCCACACGCCCGUCCUCAAUAUCCCCGCGUUCGUGGGUCCCAACAAAAUGCCCAUCGGUCUCUCAAUCAUCGCAGCUCCUUUUUGCGAUCAACAGCUUCUGCAUCUCGCGAAAAGUAUCGCGGAUCCGCUUAUGAGUGAUGGUGGUUGGAAAAUAGAUUUACCUGUUUAGGAAGAGAGCGCGUUAGGUGAAUUA